AUGACUCUUAUCAAAUCUAUUUCAAUGGUUGGUGGUAAUUCAUUGGAGAGUGUUUCCAACAGUUUGAUCAAUGCAUCCAAUGGUCAAUCAUCAAGUGAUUCCAACAAUCAAGAACAAUGUUUUGGUUUUGGAAGAAGAAGAACAACCAACAUUAUCUUUGGUGAUUCGGUUGUGGUGGAUAUGGGUGUGGUGGUUUUGGUGCAUUCUAAUCAAAUUGUACCUAAUAAUUUUACACAUUAA